AUGGCUCGCCCAGAAUCUCGCUAUUCCUUUGAUGUCCCAAACCCUUGCAUCAACUUUGCAACUCUGAGCGAUGAUGAUGAUGCGCACAAUGCAGACGCCUGGUUUGACCUAAAAGCCAAUCUGGAGAAUGUCCCUCCUGCAGAAAAUCUGGCAAAGGUCUCGCAGAGCAGCCCUGCUUUUUCAAAGCCUGAUAUUAUUCUGCCUUCUGUUGCAUCGCAAGGAAUAACAACAAGUGAAAGCCGUGGUGAAGAGGACGGUGCAGCAGAACGUGUGCAGGCCAGUGCGGUUCCUCAGAAUAUUGUUGGAUCCCUGACGAGCUGGAGAGCUACUGCUCCUGCAGAGGCCUCUCAGAGAGCGGGUAGAAGACAGGCUGCAAAGCAGAGAAAAACACAGCAGCGCAAACAGCCAGCUAGGAUCAAAGCGGAGAAGAAUUCUGAUGCCUUGGUUAAUAAGGAAGAGGUUCCACCCCUGAAAAAAAUGAGAAUUUCUCGCAGAAGUGAGAAGCUGACAGAAGUAUCCACGAAGGGAGAGGCCCUGCAGAAUCCUGACCUCUCCCUGGGGAGAGGGAAAAGCAAGCUGAAUGUGCCCACCACGCCAACAGUGUUAAAGAGGACCAAUCCUUCUAGCAAGUUGAAGAGUACAGAGGAGCAGGAGCUGGAAAAGAUGCAGCAGUUGCAGCGGGAGGUUAUGGAGCUGCGGAAGAAGAACGAGGAGUCUCUGAAAGCAGCCAUUGCUGGAGCAGGACAACCCACGAAGAGAACUGUUGCUCAAGUAACAAAGUCAGUUGACUUCCACUUCUGCACGGAAGAUCGAGUUAAACAACGUGUGGAAAGCCAGCCUGGGAACGAGUACAAGGAACUGGAUUUUGCAGCGGUACUGAGGAAGCAUCCUCCUGCUCUGGGGCGAAUGCCGAAGGGACCCACCGUUUUCAAACCUUUCAACCUGUCCCAGGGAAACAAAAGAAAACUCGAAGAAACAACAUCAGAGUAUAUGCCCCUUGCUGAGCAGGUGGAAGCAUUCCAAAAACGCACGCCCUCUCGUUACCAUUUGAGGAGCAGGAAGUCUGAUGAAGGCCCGGUUCCAGGAAAGCUGGUGAAGGCUCGGACUGUAAACCCUAAAACGCCAGUGCUUCUAACAAAGCACCGCUUCAGACCUGUCACCUGCAAAACUACAGCAGAGCUAGAAGCAGAGGAACUAGAGAAAAUUCAACAGCACAAAUUCAAAGCACGAGAACUCGAUCACAAAAUCUUUGAGGGUGGACCACUCCUGCACAAGAAACCCCCUGUGAAGGAACCCACGCAGCCCAUUGGCUUUGAGUUGGAAACGGAAAAAAGAAUUCAGGAGCGUGAGAGUAAGAAGCAGCAGGAGGAAGAGCGCUUUGAAUUCCAUUCCAGGCCGUGUCCCACAAAAAUCCUGGAGGAUGUUGUGGGUGUUCCAGAGAAGAAGGUGCUUCCUGUUACAGUCCCCAAGUCUCCAGUCUUCACCUUGAAAACCAGAACCCGAACGUCUGCCAGAGAUGAAGAGAAGGAAAAAGAGGUGGUCCCUGUGAUCAGAGCUAACCCUAUGCCGCAUUACGGAGUGCCCUUCAAGCCUAAAAUGCCAGAGGAGAGGCAUGUGGAAGUUUGCCCCUUCUCUUUUGAUGCUCGUGACAGAGAGCGGCAGAUACAAAAAGAGAAAAAAAUAGAAGAAUUGCAGAAGGAAGAGGUGCCAAAGUUCAAAGCGAUGCCGCUGCCGUACUUUGACCACGUUAAGCUGCCGGAAAAGAAGGUCAAAAGCCCAACUCGGCCUGAGCCGUUCCAUCUGCAGGUUGAUGAGCGCGGAGCUGCCAAGCUGCAGAACUGGAAACAGCAGCUCAAAGAAGACCUGAAAAAGCAGAAGGAGGCAGCGUGUUUCAAAGCUCGUCCCAACACAGUGGUGUACCAGGAGCCUUUUGUGCCCAAAAAGGAGAAUAAGCUGCUAUCAGAGAGCCUUUCUGGUUCUGUAGUUCCUGAAAGCUUUGAGCUGGCGACGGAAAAAAGAGCUAAAGAGCGUCAAGAAUUUGAAAAGCAAUUGGCACAUAUAGAAACCAUGAAGGAGAGGCAUCAAGAGCAGAUCAGACAGCAACAAGAGGAGCAGGAAAAGGAAGAAGUUGCUAAGCUAAGGCAAGAAAUGGUUCACAAGGCAAACCCGAUACGCAAAUACCGCAGCGUAGAAGUGAAGCACAGUGAUCAGCCCCUGACUGUGCCCAAGUCUCCCAACUUCUCCGAUAGAUUCCAGUGCUGAUGCGCGUCCGUGUGACAGCAGGAGGGAGAGCCCGUCCCGCUCUGGA